GCUCCUUCCUGGCUUCGGUCUACACCCAGAUCCUCCUCCGUUCCUCCCCUGCCAGGUAACUCAGCACACAACCCUUCGCACUGGGUAGACCUGGAGACUGCAAACACUGCGCUCAAAUCACUGGAUUAAAGACUUCCACUGUGAGAUUUUACUGGUGAAACUUUGAUGACUUCAGGAGCCCCACCAUGGCCUUCACCAAGAAUACGAAGGACCCUUUUAGCACCCCAGUUGGGCAUCUCGUAGAGAUACACACGGUCGGAAGACUCAAAGAAGAAGACUGGGGCCAGUUUAUGAACAUUUGUGAUACAAUUAACGCUACGGCUGAUGGGCCAAGAGAUGCAGUUAAGGCUUUCAAGAAAAGAAUUGCCAAGAACUACAACCAGAAGGAAGUCAAUUUCGGCCUUUCUCUGCUGGAGAUGUGUAUGCAGAACUGCAAUGCAAAUUUUCAGAAUUUGGUGCUGAGGAAAGAGUACCUUAAGCAGGUGCUGGUCAAACUCUUAGAUCCGAAGUACAACUUACCUGUCCACAUGCAAAACAGAAUUCUCCGCUUCAUCAUGAAAUGGUCCACUGGCUCCCGUCCAAGCGUAGAUCAGACGGAAGUCAAAGAAUUAUACUUAGAUAUGAUUAAGAAAGGGAUUCAUUUUCCUUCCCUUGAGCCUACUGAAGAUGAAAUUAGACAGCCACAAAAGAUACAAUUCGGGAUCAGAUCGCCACUUAGUCACUGGCACUCCAAAACAUCUGAACAACACCUAACAUCCGAGCAGAUUGGCAAGCUGUACAGCGAGCUGGACGUGGUGAGAAUGAAUAUGAAGGUCAUGUCAUCCAUAUUGUUGGAGAACCACCCAGGAUCUGAAGUAACGGAAGACAUGGAUCUCUUACAGGAUCUGCAGAAAGUGUGCCAAGAAAUGCAAGCCCGGAUCUUAAAGCUUCUGGAGACCGUACAAAAUGAGGAAGUGAUCAUUGAGCUGGUGCAAGUCAACGACGAUAUGAAUAAUCUAUUCCUGAGAUACAACAGAUUUUCUCGCACUAGAACCAGCCAGUCAACAAAUAACGUGAAGCAAAACGAUACAGCAAAGAUUGUCAGCAAUCAGCCAUCAGCUCCUUCUGGUGAGUUGAUUGAACUGGAUCUUGGCCCCCUGCCCAACGCGCACAACCCUGUCAAUGGAUACCCGCUGCCUACUGCCAACGUUCCUGUGCCAGCCACCGCUCCACAACAAGUUCACAGUUUGGAUGACGGGAGGGCGCAGGUUCCUCUGCAGCAGAACCAGAAUAAUUUCAUCUAUCCACAGAGGGACCUGUUGGAGUUAAGGGAGGCUGUGAAUAGCCCGUUCUCAUUCGGAACCCAGAAUCAGCUGCCAAAACUUCCUCCCAGGAUCCUGUAUGACAAUUUUCUGCCACCUACCCUUCCUUUCCCACCAGCCCAAAAUACGACGCCGUUUCUUCCCCAGUUCCCACCUUCAACACCUUUCCUUUCACCGGCACAGUAUUCAGCGCCUCUCCUGUCGACAUUUCCCGCACAAGCCACCACCCUGCCGGCGCAAUCACCCCCACUGCCGGCUGUCCCAACACUGAACCCCACCGUUCUUCCACUACCAAAAGAAUCCACAAACAGGACAUCAUCAAAACCAGAUGAUUCCAAUAACAAUUUACCAAAUUACUAUGAGCUCCUAGAGUUCGAUCCUCUCGUGGAGACCAAUGACACAGAGGCUGUAUAUGAAGACGUCGACAUUACAUUAUGGAAGCCUAAGAAGGCCUCUGAUUGCUAG